AUUAGUAGAUACACCACGUAUGUAAACCGUCAGCGUAUGGUACACGACAUUUGGUACGGUUAGAAAACUCAAAGCCGCCCAUUCCAUGUGAAGAUGUGGAGCGCCGUGGCGCCUGAUGACGUUAAAAGCGAGGCGCCGUCGGCAAGAUCGAAGCACAGCGCGACGCUGGUCGGGGAGCACGUCUAUCUGCUUGGUGGGAGGAAUGGGAAUCUUCCCACUAGGGAUUUCUGGAAGUAUAACUUGGUUACAGGAAAGUGGCAGCAAUUAAAGCCGACGGGUGACAAACUGCCGUGCCUGCAGGAACACACCACAGUGGCGUACAGAGAUUGCAUUUACGUGUUCGGCGGCGAGGUGGGAUUUUCAGCCGGCACCGAGACGCCGCUUUGGGUUUACGAUAUCCGAGCCAACACGUGGAAGAAGAAACGCACAAAAAAGGGUGUAGCGACACCAAAGGGAAGAAGAGGGCAUUCAGCUCUCGUCUACAAUGGGUCCAUGCUUAUAUAUGGUGGGUAUCAGGAUCUACGGGGGUCAUGUAGCGAACUGUGGGCAUACCAUUUUGAGACGGAAUCCUGGCACCUGGUCUCCACCUCCACGAGCAAACCCAACGAGCAGUACCCACCCCCUCGCCACAAGCACUCAGCCGUGAUGCACGGCGACGCCAUGUGGGUCUACGGCGGCAUGACGGACCUGCAGGAGCGCUCAGACCUGUGGAAGUGGGACGCUUCGUCGAGGACGUGGCAUCUGGUGAAGACCAAGCUCAACCCGGGACCGCUCCACAGCCACGCCGCCUGCAAGACACCCUCUUGUAUGGUGGUGUUCGGAGGCGAGAGAAACGGCCAGACAUGCAAUGAUCUGUGGAAGUUCACCUUUGCUUUGGAAACUUGGGAGAAGAUAACCAUCACCGGUUUAAAGCCCCAACCUCGCGCGGAAAGCGUGGCUUUUACUGUAUCCGAGCUGCUAUUGAACGGCACCACCACCACGGCUGCCAUGGAGUCGACGAUGAUGAAAAUGCGCGUGAGGGGGUGCACUUCAGCAGACAGGGGCAAUCGACAUUCCUCCUAUCUUCCAAACAAUAAGGUUGCACCUUGCGAAAAGACGUACGUAUUCCAACCGUCCCAAACCAACUAUAACGAUGGCAGCGAUCUAGCUCAACAAUACUCAGAAGCCAACAGAUCCUCCAGGAGUUUCCUCCAAGAGAUCUCCAAGCUGUCCCAACUGAACAUCCCCAGGAUGAGUAACAAGUGCAGCUACACAGUCCUGACUGGUUCUGCUGGUGACAGCACUGAGAGCCUGCUGAAGCAGCAUUCGAGUCCUCAGGGAGAGACAGAGGUUAUCGACACUGAAAUUGCCACUCCGUCCAGAGGCGCCAUGGUUAAAUCAAAAUCUGCAUACAUGAUCAAGAAAAAAUACGUCCUGGAUAUCUCGCCGACUCAGGAUGACGAGUCAAAAGGAACUACCAAGAAGCGAGUGGAAUUCGACAGUUCAGCACUGAAAAUGCCACGCGAACCAAUAUCAGUGCCAAACUUCAGCGUACUGACAUUACCGACACCAGUAUUAACACCAGUAGAAGCAGCCAAGUUGGUUUACUUGGACAGUGAAGACGAAAAUGAGUUACUAGAAAAUGAAACGAAAACUUUAGACAAGACCGAGACCAAGAACAAAGCAAACAAUGAGAAGAACGCUAUCUACGAGAAUUUCCAAACUUUGAAGAGAGGGGAAAGUUACAGCUCUCAUCUGGGAUACGCCGACAAUCCUCUCUACCAACAGAUGAUCCAUUCCUUGGAGGAAAACUCUGCGGAGAACGUUUCUUCGACUUCUGAUUACGCCAGUAUCGAAACGGUGAACAGACUUUCCUCGACCAGCAGCUAUAGCGUUAAAACUGGCACGCCUCAAGACGAGAACCAGAAGAACAGAGAGAGGGAUAAGACAGGUCCUUUUGGGUUUUGUAACCCGAACUACAUGGGAGUUGAUAUUAAAGCGAUUUUAACUGAGAACAGCGACAGGAAGACCGCCGUCAAACUCUUAGCUAGCGACGACGUCAGGAACUCCGACGAAGAGGAUGUGCUGGAACUACAAACCUUCAACGGUAUUAUUAGUAAGAACACUAAAGUGUACUAUAGACACUCCAGUAGGGUGAAUAGACCCCCUAGAUCCCUAGCCAUAGACAAGAACCCAGUCCAGUCACGCCCGAGUGUAGAUAGCAAAUUUAGGGCACUUAGUGCUAGUAGAAUAGAGCGCAACAAGAUAGAGCUGAAAACAGAGACUGCCGUUGGUCCAGGGUUAGAAUCUCAAGUUCCCCUAUACGUUUACAUUUUCGGUGGCAAGGAACAGGGACAGGUGACGGUCUUCCAAAGGCCCAUAUCUAUUUGGAAGUUGAAGUUGUUUUAAUGUUGUUGAUUCAGGAGGUUAAACUAGUUCAAAAAAAGGUGCCAAUAUUUUUUUAAAUAAAUGUAGCGGGACUAGGCGUAGCUUAAGAGAUGUUAUUUUCUGAUUUUUACAAUGAUCGUUACAGUGUAG